AUGGCCGACACUCCCGUUACUCUGCGGACUCGCAAGUUCAUCCGCAACCCUCUGCUUGCCCGUAAGCAGAUGGUCGUGGACGUCCUCCACCCCAACCGCCCCAACGUCUCCAAGGAUGAGCUCCGCGAGAAGUUGGCCGACCUGUACAAGUCCAACAAGGACCAGGUCUCCGUCUUCGGUUUCCGCACACAGUACGGUGGUGGCAAGUCCACCGGCUUCGCCCUCGUCUACGACUCCGCGAGGCCCUGA